CGGUGUGGGCGGAGCUUACAUUCUGUGUACGUAGACAAAAAAAAUCGACGUAGUUCUCUCUUCAUCCUCAAUAGUUUGAGUUCGCAGUAUUUGUAACCGUCACCAGCUCACUUUUACAAACCACCAGCAUUUUUAACGAUGGUCGCCAAACAGAGGAUUCGUAUGGCCAACGAGAAACACAGCAAAAACAUCACCCAGAGAGGCAACGUCAAAGCAUCGAGAAACGUCAGUGAUGAUAAAGUCUCGGUGGGACCGUGGCUCUUGGCGCUCUUCAUCUUUGUUGUCUGCGGCUCAGCAAUAUUCCAGAUCAUUCAGAGUAUUCGAAUGGGCAUGUAAAGAGGACCAGUGAUUUAUCAAGUAUGCUCUCCUUGCCAGUUCCACAUGCUGCAACUUUAACAAGGAGCCUCUCUUGAAGGCUUUGUGCUGAUUUUAUUGGUUUAUCAUCUAUGAGGUGCAGCAAUCUUGUCAUUCCUCUCUGGUGCCUUGUUAAUGAAGAAAAAUCAAAAAGCCAUAAAAUUGCAUUGCGAUCAAUUGUAAUGUUAUUAUUGUUGUUAUUUUUUUUGUUUCAAAUUUAUCUUGAUGUUAUGUAAAAAUCGUUGUAUGUCACAAGCAGUGAUGUGAUUUGUAAUUCCUGACUUCUCGUUCAUUCCUGAAAUAAUUGUGCAGAAAUUAUUAUUUAAUGUGUUUUUGAUUGCAACCCCCCCCCCCCCCCCAACCUAACAGCCAUUUAGAAAUUUGCACAGGAUGAAGUGUUACGAAAAAGAAAGCUAGUCAGCAAAUCGAAAUCACAGAUGUAAAAAUUGUCUCUUAUCACGCAUUAUAUUGCUUUUCUUUUACUUGUUUUCUUUGUAAUUUAAUAGCUGCCUCCUUCCCUCUAGAAUAUGGAACCUGAAAAAUGUAGUUCUCUUGCACAUAUUCUUGUCGUUGUGGUACUGUUUACCAGAAUGUAGCUUAGCAAUUCAGCUUUUUUUCAGAACUGAUGAUGCUUUAUAUACUGUAUGAUAGCGUGAAGGAGUAAAGAGGAAGAGGAACAGACCUGGACUAAAAUAAAAUAUAAAAAAAAA